GGGGCGGUUCACGUCUAAGGGAAGGCCGAGCAGAGCCGGAGACACAGAUGAUGCGAGUCUCUCGGUGGGGAGGGCGGCGGCUCCUCGGCUUGUAACUGCGGCUCUCGGGGAGUGGCUGAGGUGGGAAGACGGACAGUUGGUUGCGCCUCUCUCCCUCCCUCCCUCCUCCUCUCCUCUCCCUCCCGCCCUCCCUCCCCACCACCUUGACCGGCCUCAGGUGAUGAGCGGUUGAGAGGUUGUCAAGACAGAAACCAUCAUGAAUUACAAAGAAGAAGCCAAUAAAGUAGCCGAGAAGCUGCUGGGAUACAGGAGAGAUCAGAGCGGGUGGACAUUGUGUAAAAAGACGAAUGACGUUUCUGUCUUCUGGAGACCGUCCACAGAAUUUGCAGGAAACUUAUACAAAGGAGAAGGAAUCGUUAAAUCAUCACCAGAACGAGUCUGGGAGUGCCUGAAGCCAGAUCCAGAUGGGUUAAGGGUGAAGUGGGAUAAAAAUGUUAAAGCAUUUGAAGUGAUCGAAAUUAUCGAUAAUGCUAUAUCUGUAUGUAGGACUAUUACACCGUCAGCAGCUGUGGGUCUAAUCUCUCCAAGAGAUUUUGUGGAUGUUAUUUUUAGCAAAAAAUAUGAGGAUGGAACGGCAUCCUCAAAUGCUGUUCACGUAGAACAUCCAGGUUGUCCUCCUAAGCCUCACUUUGUUAGAGGGUUUAACCAUCCCUGCGGAUGUUGCUGUGUUCCCAUUCCUGGGGAACCUGGAAAAACACACUUGAUCACUUUCUUCCAGACUGACCUCGGGGGCUACCUCCCACAAUCAGUGGUCGAGUCUUUCUUUCCAUCCAGUAUGGCUGAAUUUUACAGCAAUCUGACAAAAGUUUUGAAGACUGUUUAACAUUUGAUUUUUUUUCUCUCUCUUUUCCCCUCCCACAUGCUUUCCGUCCCAAAAUACCAAUAAAUAAUUUCACCACAUUCAGUAAUAUUCAGACACCACUCUUCCAGCGUGCUCCAAAGCCACCCGAAGCAGCCUCACCAUCCCUUCUUGCUCACACAAUUACAAUACCCUAAAUGCCGGUAAAUGCUUGUACUGGCACUGUAAUUACACUUAGCUGUAAAUUCUGGCUCGCUAGACAGGAUCUCCUACCCCAACUCCCCCGCCCUCCCCCCCAAUAGUCCGGCCAGCCAGGGUUUAAGUGUACAAAAUCUGCAUCAUUUUAGGGCACAUAUCGCCAAGUAGACAGGAAGUGUGAUUUUCAAUAUUAUUUUCCAUAAGGACCAAAAUUACCUGAAAUUCUGAAAUAGCCACACAGAUUUAAACAAAACAAAAGCACUUUGUAAUAUUUUUUCAUCGAUAUGAAAAUUUCUUUUAUGCACUGCGUGGGUUUUAAAUAUAAAAAUUUUUAUUUGCUAAAGUGCUGCCAAAACGAUAAACACUCAUAUUAAAUAUUUGUAUUUUUCUAACAUUAAUUUAUAACCCCAAAAAGGGAUUUGCAGUAACACAGUGCACUAGCAUGCAUCUGAAGGGUCAUGAAGCAGAUUGAAUACAUUAGAACAAAAGACUGCACUAACCUUUUUGAGUAUAGGUUGACCCUCAGAACUUUCAUAUUGGCGUCUUAAAAAGAGUCCUAGUGGCAUUACUGAUGUGUGGUCACUGGCAAAAGCGUCUCCUACAGAAAUGGAGUGUACUCUAGGGAAUCCCCAGUGGUGUGCAGAGUUGAGAAACUUGUGCUCCAAUGAGAUCUUGUGACGCUGUGCCUUACAGAGGACAUCCUGUAACAACACUAUUUACAUUGCACGCAUUGUUGUCAGGGAUGAUUCAGCAAUUUGCCAUCAAUGAGCUUUGUAGGAACCAAUAUGCACUUGAACAAAUGUUAGAGCAACAUACAGAACUGUAAUAUUCUCCAAAUAGAGUUACAUUUAUAUAAUAAUGAUCUUUGCAUUUGGUAUAGCAUCUUUCAC